AUGCGUUUCCUCACCUACACCUCCAUCGUCGUAUUCGGCCUUGUUGGCUUGGUAUUGAGUUUGCCAGCAUCGCUAGAGGCAAAAGGUGCUUCCGUCGAAGAAGACUUCGAGCCUCCAGUGCCUGGCUCUGAUCUUCGAGCUCAACAAAUUACGAAGGACGAGUCUCAGCCUCAGAUAUGUGAGAAAUGGAUCCGAAUUCUUGACGUGAGUGUUUGGACUCGAGAAAAGGCCACCUCAGCAGAACCUCAAUUCCCGAAGCCCGGCAAAGCUCGCAGCUGCUUCAUUGCUUUACAAGAUGCGCACAGAAAGGGCUCACAGUCGGCAAGAAAACAAUCAUACACGAGCCCACCAAAAAGGCAUGUCAACCUUCGGGAAGUGGAAGAAGGAUCUGUGACUAUGCCUGCAGAUGUCGCUUGA